UGCACCGUUCGAGGCGCAUACAUUGAACACGCCACGGGCGGGCAGCUCGGCAGCAUCGAUCGUGGCUCCUUUAAGAAAAACUAAGCCAGAAAUAUCACCCCACCUCUUCUCGAUCUCAUUUAGAGGCUUUUGCAUUAAAUAAUCUGCUCAGGAGCUGAGAGUGAUCAAAGAAAGGAGAGAGCUUGAUUUUUUUUUGCGCGUCUAUCUGCGUGCGUUAACAUUUAGGGUGUCCCAGUUCGGAGGAAGCCUUCGCCGCGGACCAUCAUUCAUUCUGUACUUUGACAACCUCGCUUUUGAUUGACAGUUGGAGUGGCGAAAAGCCAUGGGACUCGCUGGUUUUGUCUGAGGGGCAUUUCAAUUGCCUACUGGUUUUUUUUUUUUUUUUUUUUGGAAACGAAGAUUUGUUCUCUCCACGUCCCGGGCGAAACCGAAGGAGCUAUUCGCCGCCGUGUAAUGUUUUACCUUUAGCUGGUCUGGAAGAGCUGAAGGUCUGGGCUCGUCCGUCCGAAGGGAACACACGGGAUUUGGAAUCUCGCUUUUGGAGUUUACCGUGCGUGCUUCCAUUCGCCCUGGCCUCUUAGGAGAUAUCUAAAGUCAGUGGAAGAACAGGGCGAGAGGCAGGCCGAUGGCGCAAAGGUACGAAGAUUUACCGCAUUAUGGAAUGGACGGUGUAGGACUCCCUACCACGAUGUACGGAGACCACCACGCCGCCCGGUCCAUGCAGGCCGUGCACCUGAAUCACGGCCCCCAGCUGCACGCGCACCAGUACCCGCACGCGGCGCACAACGCCAUGCCGCCCAGUAUGGGUUCCACCGUGAACGACGCUUUAAAACGAGAUAAAGACUCCAUUUACGGGCACCCGCUCUUUCCUCUCCUAGCACUGAUUUUUGAGAAAUGUGAAUUAGCAACCUGCACGCCGAGAGAACCGGGGGUUGCGGGCGGUGACGUGUGCUCAUCUGAAUCUUUCAAUGAAGACAUAGCAGUGUUUGCGAAACAGAUUCGAGCAGAAAAACCUUUAUUUUCAUCGAACCCAGAACUGGAUAAUUUGAUGAUACAAGCAAUUCAAGUAUUACGAUUCCAUCUUUUGGAGCUGGAGAAGGUGCACGAACUCUGUGACAAUUUCUGCCACCGGUACAUUAGCUGCUUGAAGGGGAAGAUGCCCAUUGACUUGGUCAUAGACGACAGAGAAGGCGGAUCAAAGUCAGAUAGCGAAGACAUCACAAGAUCAUCGGGGAACCUUGAUCAGACCUCCUGGAACAGAGACCAUGACGACACGGCGUCCAUACGCUCUGGGGGCACUCCCGGGCCCUCCAGCGGGGGCCACACGUCCCACAGCGGGGACAACAGCAGCGAGCAAGGUAAGGACCGACUGGGGGGGGUCCACCAAUCAGGGACGGCGCUGCGGGGGCUCCACCAAUCAGGGACGGGGCUGGGAGGGCUCCACCAAUCAGGGCCCGGGCCGUUCAUCAACGCGCGGCGGAGAAUAGUGCAGCCAAUGAUAGACCAGUCGAAUCGAGCAGGCAAGUGCUCUGUAGUUUCUGUGUUCAAGUCUCGACGAAGUAAGCCCUCACCAAGCCAUAGACCGGGACCUCCCCACACCGUAAGUCAAGGCGGUCCGUACACGCCAGAUGGCCAACCAAUGGGAGGCUUCGUCAUGGACGGGCAGCAACACAUGGGAAUCAGACCACCUGGACUCCAAGGCAUGCCAGGGGAUUACAUGACUCACUGCGGUCCGAUGGGCAUGGGACAGCCCCCCGGAUUCAGCCCCCCUGCGAUGCCCCCCCACUCCUCUCAGCUGCGACACGGCCCCCCCGUGCGCCCCUACAUUCCUGGACACCCCCCCCACCCAGCGAUGUUGAUGCACGGAGGCCACCCCCACCACCACCACCACCACCCCCACCACCGCCACCACCACCCCCCCGCCACCGCCAUGGCCAUGUCGGUCUCCGGCUCCGCCGCGUUCAGCCAGGGGGACCCCUCCAUGGGCGGACCGGCCCUGGACAUCCACGCUCUGUAGCUUCUCCUCCACCAUCGGUUCUGUUUAAAAUCGUUUUUUUUUUUGUUUUUUUUCUUCGUUCUUUUAAGGGAUUCUCUACAAACGUACGGGGGUUUUCGUACGAAAAGAACACACCUUUUUUUUUUUACGUUUUUUUUUUUUGUUGUUGUUGUUGUUGGCGACAGCCGCACCUUUUUUGUAGUGUGCUGCUGCUGCUGCUUCACCCAGACUGCGGAUCGCCCGAUCGCGGCGUCGGACAUGGACCCUUGGGGGACGCCAAUGUCUGAAUUCCCAGGAAUCCUGUUUUUCUUCUCCGUGUUUUUUUUUUUUUUGCACCGGAAGUUCCCUUGGAAGCAAAAACUAAAUAGAUAAAUACAAAUUUUUAAAAAUCACAGAAAACGAGAGAGUGAAAUUAUAACUAUAUCACUUCCUGGGUGGGUGGGAGGGGUUUGGGAAGAAUACGCUGUAUACUGUUGUAAAAAUACAUUGGACUCUCGCGAGAACUGAGAAUUAAUUAUUGUAAAUGCUCUUGUAUUGUUCUGCAUAUUAUGUUGUUUCUUAUAGAUUUUUUUAAAGAAGGAUGUGAACUUUUUUUUUUCUUUUUUUCCGUUCCACACUAUGUGUGUGUCAUUUUCAUAAAACUUUGAGCUGCCCCUCCCAACCCCCUCCCAGUCCCAAAUCUAACAUUUUAAAGGAAGAUAGUAAGUGAAUAAAUUGAAUUGUUGGAUCGAUCGGUCAGUAAGCCUUACAUUUUCUCCACCCUGUUUGUGGUCGGCGAGAAUAACAACAUCAGCCGGAAAACACCGUGGGCCAGUCGCAAGAUUCGGCGGCCAUUUUGUGCGUCUCUGCCCCCAGGCUUGCUUUUGCAUGUCUAAUUAAUUUACACAUCAUGUUCGGGCUGACUGGAGCAGAGGCCAAUGCGAGGGAGUGGGGGCGGGGCUUGUACUGGUCGAACUUGUCAGCUGUCACGCGGACGUCAGGAGGAGAACGGCGACCGGCGAAGAGAAAACCAAAAGGUGUACCUGUAGUUACUGCAUUAUCUUUUAGGGCAUUGCCCCCAGAGUGAGUGAUCAGUUACAUACCCAACCCCACCCCUCCUCCCCCAACCCCUUCCAUCUUGGAGAGUUUAUGUAUACGUUGUAAAUAAAAAAUAAUAAUAAUUAAAAAAAAAAAAAAACGUGAAAAAAAGAAAAAACUUUUUUUGUGGGGAAAGAAAUGGACCGGAGAAAGAACGGACUGUUGUAGUAUUGCUUUUUUUUCUCCUCUUUUUUUUUGUUUUUUUACAUCCAAUAUCAGUCUGGUUUGAGUUUCUUUGCUUGAAAAGUCUCUAUAUGGGAUCAACUUGAGGCUUUGUUGUGGUUGAAUAAAUACUUGUGGAUUUUUUCUUU